CCAGAGAAACAAAAUCUCUCCUCCCAGAGGAUAACAAUCCUCCCAACUGCACUUCUGAGACCUGAAGCCACAAUGACAUAGAUGCCCCUAAAAGAAGGGGGCAAAAAACCAACUUUCUACCAGAUACAGAACUGAGAGUGAAGAUGCUGAAGAUCUUUGUGGAUCCAUAAUAACUUUUGCUAGUAAGUAUAUGUGCUGCUGAAGUGAGCACUCUGUUGAUUUUAUUGAAAGGGUGAGGCCAACAAAAUUCUCCUGGGCCCAUCCUCUUGACAGAGUCCACUGACUUUUAUCUCUAUAAAGAAGAAAAGACCGUGGUACUUCUCCACCAGCAAAGUCCUGUGGAAUCAUGAAGAUUUUUUUUCACUACCAGAUAUUUAGAUUCAGCUGGUUCAUCAAGCCAGCUGGCAGACAUUUCCACAGAAACCAUCAACUUGGGGCACAUCUUGCUCUUGCUGACUUGGAAGCCAUCAAUCGUUGUGAAAUGUCACUGCCUAAGAACUUUAACUUUGCUGGGGAUGUGAUAGACCAGUGGUCACAAAAAGAGAAGACUGGGGAGAGACCAGCCAACCCAGCCCUGUGGUGGGUGAAUGGCCAAGGAGACGAGGUGAAAUGGAGCUUCAGAGACCUUAGUACCUUAUCCCGAAAGGCUGCCAAUGUGCUCACCAAGCCUUGCAACCUGCAGAGAGGAGACCGAGUGGCUGUGAUUCUACCCAGAAUCCCAGAAUGGUGGCUUAUCAAUGUGGCUUGCAUGCGGACAGGGCUUGUCUUCAUGCCAGGAACAACCCAGCUGACAGCAAAAGACAUCCUCUACCGACUGAAAGUAUCCAAGGCCAAGUGCAUUGUGGCCAGUGAAGAGAUGGCCCAAGCAGUGGAGUCCAUUGCAUCAGAGUGCCCUAACCUGAAGACUAAACUCCUGGUGUCUCCACAAAGCCACCAUGGAUGGCUCAACUUCCAGGACCUAUUUCAAUCUGCUUCUGAAGAGCACAGCUGUGUGGAGACAGGAAGUCAAGAACCAAUGGCCAUUUAUUUCACCAGUGGAACCACGGGCUCCCCUAAGAUGGCUCAGCACUCACAGAGUAGCCUUGGUAUUGGGUAUGCCCUUUGCGGAAGGUACUGGUUAGACUUGAAGUCCUCAGAUAUCAUGUGGAAUAUGUCUGAUACAGGCUGGAUCAAAGCUGCCAUUGGUAGUGUAUUUUCUUCCUGGCUUCGGGGUGCCUGUGUUUUUGUGCACCAGAUGGUCCAGUUUGACACUAACACCUUCCUAGAUACGCUUACCACUUACCCCAUCACAACCUUGUGCAGUGCUCCUACCGUGUACCGGAUGCUUGUGCAGAAAGACCUUAAAAGAUAUAAAUUCAAGAAGCUGCGGCACUGCUUAACAGGAGGAGAACCGCUCAACCCCGAGGUGCUAGAACAGUGGAAGAUGCAAACUGGACUGGAGUUGUAUGAAGGCUAUGGACAGACAGAAGUGGGAAUAAUUUGUGCCAAUCAGAAAGGACAAGAAAUUAAGCCAGGCUCCAUGGGGAAAGGAGUAUUACCCUAUGAUGUCCAGAUUAUAGAUGAAAAUGGCAAUAUUUUACCAUCUGGCACAGAAGGGGAAAUUGCCCUCAGACUAAAGUCCACACGGCCCUUCUGUUUCUUCUCUGAAUAUGUGGAUAAUCCAGAAAAAACUGCUGCCACCAUGAGAGGAGAUUUCUAUGUCACUGGAGACCGAGGAGUGAUGGACAGUGAUGGCUAUUUUUGGUUUGUUGGAAGAGCUGAUGAUGUCAUUAUAUCCUCUGGGUACCGCAUCGGACCCUUUGAAGUGGAGAGUGCAUUGAUUGAGCACCCAGCAGUUGUGGAAUCAGCUGUUGUCAGUAGUCCAGAUCCAAUCCGAGGAGAGGGAUGACACACAUAGCCUUUGGUUAGGAAGCUCUAGGGUAUGGAAAGGAGGAAAAUGCCCCUUUCCUCAUGGAAGUUUUCCUGAAGACUCAGCAAGUGGAAACAAUUUAAAAGCAGCACUCAAGUGGAAGUGACCUUUGACCUUCCUCUGAACACUGUACAGGAUUUGCU